CCGAACGUUAACUACACUGUGACAAAAUGGAAACAGAAGAAGAAAAGAGGAGCCAUCGGGCCCGCUUCAGCUAACAGGCUAAAAUUUCCCGUCGGAUUUCUGCUGGGUUUAUCCUUUUAUAGUCCCCGUAUUCUUUUAUAUACGAGAGGUUACGGUGCUUCAAAGUGGAAGAUCUAAGGAGUUGAAAUCUCAUUAUAUUGUGGGACAAGAGGACUUCACUGAUUGCCCUGACAUGGAUAUCUCUGCCCAUGUCUGUAUAGAAAUUUAGCUGCAAAUACAGGUUCAAAAGUGAUGCCAUCAGCACACGGACAUAAUCGUUUAAACAUGGAAAAACAGACAGCUGUGAAUAAUGUUGCUCCAGCACAAUCGGGAGGAGAAGCCAGUACUUUCAUCUGUACGGAGUGUGGUGAUGGAUUCAGUCAAUACUCCAAUAUAUUGGCCCAUAUGACUCUUCACGGGCCUUUGGAAUCCUUUUCCUUUGAUGGCUCAUCAAAUGGAUUUGAAAUCCCACGGGAAUAUGUCCUUCAAGAAAAUGGCACUCUGAUUAUUGUUAAUGGGUUAGCCCAGCUGAAUUCUUUUAAUUCCUCUGCAAAACCAAUAAAUUCUUCUGUGGCCCCAAUAAACUCCUUUCCAGCACCAAUAAAUUCUUCAGCAGUGCCAAACAAUUCUACUGCACCAAUGACUCCUGAAAGAUUGCCAUCACAUUUGCCAUCAUCCAAUAGGCCCGUUUCUGCAACUUUGAACUCCCAGUCGCCCUCAUACAAAGUUGCAUUUAAACCCAGGCCACCCGGCUUGAACUCGGAAGAAUCACAACAGACCCAUUACCGUUGUGAAAUAUGCAACCGGUCAUUUAGCAGCUCACAGAGUCUGCAACGUCACCAGCAAUAUGGGAACUCUGAGAGGGGCUUCAGAUGCACUCUGUGCUGCAAGAUCUUUGAAGAUAAACAGAGCAUCAAGAAACACCUCCAAGGCCACUUGAAUGAAAAAUGUAGCUUAUGUGGUCUCUGUGGUAAAAGAUUCCUUAAAGUCGAUGCACUCAAUGCUCAUCAGAAAGAGAAUCACUCCAUCCCCAAGGUUGCGGGUAAACUAGAGACUAAGGAAGACAAAAAGGCAUAUCCCUGCAACAAGUGCAAGCUAGUAUUCUUUUGGAUGUCAGACCUUCAGAUACAUUCUUUGUAUCACUGCAAGGGACAGGAGCCUGAUGUGGAGUUUGAAUCAAAUUCUGAAAUUGAAGAGAAUUCCAAGAAUUCUGAAGACGGGGAACUUGUCAACUGCCAUACAAACGGUACGUCCGAUGAUACUAAGAACGGAAGCCGGAAAAUCACAAGAGAUGACUGCGAUGAAAAGAAUAAGCAACCCACAUUCACUCCCUACAGAUGUGGUUUGUGUGGUGAUCGGUUUGAGAGUUUAUCAACCCUAAAGGAGCACCAUGUCACACAUCAAACUCAGGAAGAAAUUGAUAAGAUGAAUCAGGAGCACCAAAAGCCCUUCAAGAGAGUUCUACCCCCAAAUAGAAGCCGAAGGAGAUCAAAUCCAAAUGGAAAACUUCAUCCUUGUAAGCACUGCCAUCGAGUCUUUAAUCACUCUAGUAGUUUAUCUCGACACAUGAGAUAUCAUAAGGGAACCAUGCACACUUGUGUAUUUUGUGGAAGACAUUUUCCACAGCGUUGUGAUUUGAGAAGACAUGUCGUCAUGUACCACAAAACCGAAGGUUUGAAACUCUUGCACACAAAUACACAAAAUGGGCCAUCAUCUAAUUCGGUUGAUGAGGAGAAACAGAUUAAAGCUCCUGAGGACAACUCAAAAGAAUCCUCUGAAAAAGAGCUGACUUCAGGAGAGCAAACUGGAAAAGGUGGUAGAGUUAACUACAGAUGUCUUGAGUGUGGAAAGAAAUUUGGGCUUUUAUGUGUGUACCAGCGACAUUUGCGCUAUCACAAGAAAGAGCCUACCAAGUCUCCACCCGAGAUUAAGAAUAGUUCAUCUCUUCAGGUUGAAAUGGAAAGUCACAGAGAAACUCAACACUCUGAUGUUGAUGAUGACGAUGAGGAUGAUAAUGGACAGAAAUCUCCUAAAAUUGGAAACGAUGUAGAAAAAGAGCUUAAAAACGAUGAUCCAGAAGACAUAGAGGACGACACUUUUGACCAAAAACAUGCUGAGAAAAGAAGUCCUCACGAGGCUCUUUAUGAAUGCACUGAAACAUUUUCAGGUUUGGACACAUUUCUUCAGCACCAGGCUUCUCAUGGCCCAGACACAAAGGGUAACUAAUGGAUGGGGGAAAUGGUAUUGGUGGAGAGUUUACAAAAUACUUUUUUAUCAAAUGGACCCAUAAAAAGACAUUUGUGUAUCAUGCUACUAUACUCCCAUUGACAUUUUUUGCAGGUCACCUGGCUUCUUCAAUUUUUUUAGUGACGUAUAUUACGGUAAAGUUCAUUUUAACUGUGUUUUACUUAAAUUGUUGAAUUUAAUUACUUUAUGUGUAUGCAUAUAUUCAUCAUUUUUGAACCUAUAGCAUUGUCACUCAUUAGAUUGUCAUUAAAAUAAGAUACAUUUCUCUAAUGCUUGAAAGUAUUGCUUUGACUCCCUAUUUUCUGUGGCAACUGUAAAAUCCACUUAAAUGUAAACCAGAA